UACGAAUAUUACGAGCAUGCAAUGCACGGGAUGCUAAACAAUACGGAAAUAUAAGAGCUUGGGUUCCGAAAAACACACAAAAUGGCUUCCGAUAAUCGAGGCGCCCUCUACGAGCGAGCCGGCUACACCAUCCUCCCCAUCACCUUCCCCCCAACGCCCGCCUACCCCCACAAAGUCCACCACCACCUCUACCUCCGCUCCCACGACCCGCGCAUCGAGGACCGCGACACCCCCCGCACCCUCUUUGUCUCUAACGUGCCAAUUGAUGCCUCCGAAUCCUCCAUCCGCGACCUCUUCAAACGCAUCGCCGGCGGCCGCGGCGCCGUGCAGCGGGUCGAGUUCGAAGACAAGGCAUGGAAGCAGCGCCAUGAGGUGUCGGAGGCACCCGUGCACGCGGGGGUGAAGCGGAAGAGAGAGGAAGUGGAGGAGGCAGAGUUGGAGGCGAAGAUGGAGACGGCGCAGUUGCCGGAGGUGUGGGAAGAUGAGCUGCUUCCCGGGGGGACGUGUGCGCUGGUCGUCUUCGCGGACAAAAGCAGCAAAGACGUGGCGUUGAAAGCGAGCGGUCGGCUUGCGAAGGCGAUUUGGAAAGGGGGGAAGGAUGCGCCGGAGUUGACGUGGAACAGUAGUCAGGCAUGCGGGAUUGAGCGCUACCUCUCCCACCACCACCUCACCCACCCCACCAAACACCACCUCCAAUCCUCCAUCAACACCUACCUCACCACCUUCACGCGCCUCGAAUCCCUCCGCACCCGCCUCGCUGCUCGCACCCACAACGUCCCCGACGCCGACGGCUUCGUCACCGUCACACGCCACGCCCACCACCACCGGCCAGCGAGCAGCGCGGCGGCGCAGGCGGCGGCGGACCGCGCGGCCGAGAAGGAGAAGAAGAUCGGGCCGGACUUCUACCGAUUCCAGGCACGGGAGAAGAGGAAGGAGAGGGAUCGGGAGUUGAAGGUUGGGUUUGAAGAGGAUGUGAGGCGGAUACGGGAGAUGCGGGAGAGAAGGGGGAGGGUUAGGCCGGAGUAGGUGUGAGGCGUGAUUGAUACCCUUUGUUGGAGACGGUAGGAUGAGAAUGGAGUCUUAGCGUAUGGCAGGUGUGUGAUGGCCGCAUCAGAAUCAUCAGCGUGCUACUAUGUUCGCAAUACCUCGAACCUGAAGUUCUUCGAGAGUCGAAUCUCAUGAAUUAUGUCCCUGUACCGCACUUGAAACCAAGCCACUAUCAAGGACAACCAUCCCCGACUCCCUAGAAUGCAUAUUACUACCAUACA